GCAUGCUUCAGUAAUAAACCAGUCAUCGGUCCGAACGGUUGUUUUACUAAAUACCUCACUGGCGACGACGCGAGAAUACCUACUUACCCACGCGAUUUAAAAUAAAAACGAAAAAUGGCGAAUUCUUAUCUCGGUUCUUUGCCUAAUUUCGACUAUAAAUCCGGAGAGUGGUCUAUUUUUAAGGGGAAAUUAACACAGUUUUUUAAAGUAAACGCUAAUAGCAUUUCGUCGGAUAACAAAUGUGCAGUGUUAAUAACACAUCUUUCGGACGAUUCGUAUCGCUUGGCACGUAAUCUCGUGUACCCUCGUGAUUUAGAAGUGCAUACGUAUGACGAACUUAUUACGAUUUUAGACAAACAUUUUAAAAUUAAAAAGUGUUCAUUCGCUAAUAAAGCGAAGUUAUACAGUGCGACGAAGAUGCCAGACGAGUCUCUGGGAGAAUGGGCGGCGCGACUGCGCGGGUUGGCAAGUCAUUGUGACCUAGGCGACGCUCUGGAGACGGUCCUCACCGACCGUUUCGUCCUCGGUCUGGGCUCUGGGCCCGAGCGCGACAAGCUGUUUGAGCAAGAUGCGGCGACACUUACGUUCGCCAAGGCGUUGGAGGUCGCAGAGCAAGCAGCCAGUGCUAGGCAAGCCCAGGCGAUGGUAGGCGAGACUGGCAAUAUUGGCAACGUGCCAAUAAAGGAGGAGCCGGUUUUCCGUGCGGCGAGCGCGGCGAGCCAAGGGCGCGGCGGCGCCCGUGGCCGUGCCAGCCGCGGUGGCGGAGCUGGCGCCGGUCGUGCUGCGGGUCCCGCUUCGGGUUCCAGUUGGCAUGAACGUGACGACGUCCAUAGGUGUAGCAUUUGCGGUAUGAAAAACCACAGUGCGGAAACGUGUCGUUAUAAAGGUUAUAAGUGCGCGAAGUGUGGUGUGAAGGGACACUUAAAGAAAGUAUGUAAACUAAGGUUCCACAAUAUCCAAGCACGGGAAGGGGAACCCGAAUCUUCCUGCGAGGACUGUGAGGAGUGCGCGCUAUACAAUUUAAGGUUCCCAGAAUAAUGUGGGAGGAGUGAUAUGUAUUGACGCUGUAUCUGCAUGCUUCAGUAAUAAACCAGUCAUCGGUCCGAA